ACCGUCACACUGUCGAUAGGUUCGAUAUCAAAUAGCGUCUCCUGAUAUCGAAAAGCGAAAAUCAAAAUUGCCCAAAAUCGGAGUUUUCAAACAAAAACAACAACGGCACGUCAAACCACAGCCAAGCCAAGCAAGAAAAAUUUGGAAUAAAAACAAAAUAAGGUCUUAUGGACAAACUGAGCGCAGUGCGCAUUGCCGUCCGCGAGGCGCCUUACCGCCAGUUUUUGGGGCGUCGGGAGCCGAGCGUCGUUGAAUUUCCGCCAUGGGGCGAUGGAAAGUCGCUAGUGGUGGAGCAGAAUGAAUUCCACUUCGACCACGCCUUCCCGUCGACCGUCGGCCAGGAUGAGAUGUACCUGGCUCUGAUCCUGCCGCUGGUGGAGAAGGCGCUCCAGGGAUUCCAGUGCACGGCACUGGCCUACGGGCAGACGGGAACGGGGAAAAGCUACUCCAUGGGAAUGGCGCCUCCGGACAAGAUCCAAAAGCCAGAGCAUCUUGGUGUUUUGCCCCGCUGUCUGGCCGACAUCUUAGAGCGUGUGAAUGCCAAGCAGGAGAACGAAAAGGAGCCCAUCCAGGUGUUCGCUUCCUUUAUCGAAAUUUACAACGAAAAAGCCUAUGAUCUCCUGGGCUCCUCACCACAUACGCCUAUGGUGACUGCGCGUUGCCACAGAUGCACCUGCCUUCCCUUGAGCAGCCAAGAGGAUCUGCAGGACCUGCUGCAACAGGGCACGGGGAAUCGUCGCGUGCGCUCUACCAAGAUGAAUUCCAGCAGUUCCAGAUCACACGCCAUAGUAACCAUACAUGUGAAAAGUAAAACCAGCCAUGCGAGACUAAAUAUAGUUGAUCUGGCCGGAUCGGAGGGUGUAAGGCGCACCGGGCACGAGGGCGUGGCCAAGCAGGAGGGAGUCAACAUCAACCUGGGACUGCUCAGCAUCAACAAGGUGGUGAUGUCCAUGGCGGCUGGCCGCACUGUGAUUCCCUACCGCGACAGUGUCCUCACCACAGUUCUACAAGAUUCGCUCACCGCGCAAUCGUAUCUAACCUUCCUGGCCUGCAUCAGUCCCCAUCGAUGCGAUCUUAGCGAGACGUUGGCCACUUUGCGCUUUGGCACCAGCGCCAAGAAGCUCCGCCUGAAUCCGAUGCAAGUGGCUCGCCAAAAGCAAUCGCUGGCCACACGGACGCCUCACGUCUUCCGCAAAGUGCUGAGCAGCUCGACGGCCAUCAAACGCCAAGCCGCCGAUCAGAACAGCCUGUGUGUUCCCAACCCAAAAUCCGAAAUGGCCAAGCCGCUGGCCAACGUUCUCCAGCGAACUCGUUCCGAAUUGGGCCUGACCCCCAAAGCCAAGAAAAGGGCUCGCGAGCUAUUGCAGCUGGAGGAUACAACGCUGGAACCCUCAUCUAUUCACAUCUCGGACAGCAGUCUCAGCCUGGUGGGUUUCCAGGCUGAAAUCGAAAAGGACAGGCAACUGAUGCCCCCACCUGGAGUGGGAAAUGGACAACCCAGCAGCCUGCACUCCACCGCAGUGAGCAUUGCCGAGGUUGAUGAGCAGGAGGAGCCAGCUGAGAUGCCGUCGAUCUCUGCCACAGUUCGCACCCAGCUCUUCAGGACAAAUGUCAGUCCCAUAAGUCUGCGGUCAUCCAGCAUACUAAAGGAACUCAGCGGGAUCCAGCCAAUGGAGGAGACUUUGAUUACUGUUCCCAAGCAACCGUCUAUUCUCCGACGCUCCAUGCGUCUAGCCAACCAAAGACCGCAGAGCUACGGGGUCAUUCCCAAAGUUAUUAAUUUGCGCAACGCGCAACAGUCAGCAAGCCAAGAACAUUCCUCUUCCGUCUCGGUAAAAAAGGAGAAAUUUAGCCAGCUCAAGGAUCUCAUUACACGGGUUGAAGCUCCCCCAAAAAGAAGUCGUUCGAGAAACAACACUUCUCCAGCCGAUGAAUGGAUGGCCCAUAAUAAAAGUUUAUUCCUUGACCUGCUCAACAGGGGCAGCGUGAAGGAGCUGCAGAAAAUUCCCGGUAUCGGCCCAAAGACAGCCUUUACUUUGGUUAUGCAUAGAUCUCGCCUGGGAUGCUUCCUGAAUCUAGAUCAAGUAAAAGACCUGCCAAUUUGGCCCGGAAAGAGCUGGAAUAGGUUUAGCCAAGCCAACUGCUUGGAGAUUUGAUUAAUACGUAUAUAAGAUCAGUUUUACGUUCAAUUAUCUAUAGGGUUUUUUCUUAUGAUUUACAAAAUCCUUAUUUAUAAGUAGAACACAUACCUUGACACUAACAAUAAGGUUUUUGUGUGUAAUAUGUGUAAUAUUUCUUAAUGUUUUUUGUUUGUUUUUGACUUUUUAUCGAUUCAUGUAAGCUAGAUUACUUCUCUAAUAAGCUGUAUGUAAACCAAUGUCUUAAAUUAGGUACAUUAUGUGAAAACUGUUUUAUACGGUCAUCAAAAAUAGCAAAACAAGUACGCUUUCCCUAUUUGUGAGUAUUGCACAGUCAACAUAUUAUUUUAUGGAAAAACUUGUUUCCAACUAUGUUCGAUUAACAUUUGUCCUUAUUAAAAAAAAAUUUUAUAGCAGUCGGUGGUUCUGAAGAUAAUCCAAUUUUUAGGCCCAUAUUUGUAAAAUUACCUGUGUACCUAAAUAGCAUACAUUGGAUUUAAACUAAGAAACGUGGCGUCGAAAUUUUUUUUUUAAAAACGUUUAGAUUCUUGAAAAUGUUUAUAUUUAUGAAAAGUCUGGGCAAAUGUGACUUGUCACAAAGUUUCAAGCCAAGUCUCUGGGUAGUUCAAAGUCACCAUCCAAGUUCAAAUCAGUUUUAAAGCUUUAAAGGUAGACUAACACAUAUUUUGGGCUUAUGAUCCUUCAAAAUGUCUUUGAAAAUAGUGGUGUUGAUAAAUAUAGUCUUAUUAGGAAAAAUCCAGUCGUUACCGCCGUUAAAUAUUGAAGAAAAGACAGAAAAUAUAAAAACCAAACUAAAGUCACAUGAGACUUUAGGUGUUAAAAAAUAAUACAAAAUAUAGAUUUUCAUGUUUUUCGUCUUUGUACAACUGUAGAUAAAAGACCAAGAAAAUGAGGUGAGUUUCAUAAAGGUCGGCCAAUAACCUACCAGGAUACGCAUAGCGACAUUUUAAUGUUUAUAUUAAAGUAGUCUGUCAGUAUAAAUUUGUAUGCAACGCAUGCUUUUUGCCAAACCAAUUCUGAUUUUAUUUUCAUCACUAUGCGUGUCCUGGUAAGUGGAUCUUCAUGAAACACACCUCAUUUUGUUUGUCAUUUUAUCUACUGUCGGACAAAGAAGAAAAACACUAAAUUUAUUUUUUGUUUAUUUUUUAACACCUAAAGUCUCAAGUGACAUUAGUUCGUUUUUUUAUGUAUUCCGUCUUUUCUUCAUUUUUUACGGCGGUAGCGACUUGAUUUCUCCUAAAUUGACUAUAUUUAUCAACACCAGUAUUUUCAAAGACGUUUUGAAGGAUCUUAAGUGCUAAAUAUGUGUUGCUGUACCUUUAAAGCCCUAAAACUGCUUUUAGCUUGCAUUAUGACUUUGAACUACCCAGAUACAUGGCUUGGAACUUUUUGGCAAGUCACAUUUGCCCUGACUUUUCAUAAAUAUGAAUCUUAUCAAGAAUCUAAACGCCUUUUUUAAAAAAAAACUUUCGGCGCCAUGUUUCCUAGUUUAAAUUCAAUGUGUCUUAGGCCUAGUAUUCAACCUAACAAAAAGUCGUCCAAAACCAAAAACUUUAUAUAAAAAAACAACGUUUUUUGUAUAUAAAGUUUUUGGUUUUGGACGCAUUUUUGUUAGGUUGAAUACUAGGCCUUAUUUAGGUACACAGUUCUUUUUACAAAUAUGGACCAAAAAGUUGGAUUUUUUUCAGCACCGACUGCUAUAAAAUGAUAUUUUAAUUAAGUUUAAAUGUUAAUCGACUGUGCAAUACUCACAAAUAGAGAAAGCGCACUUUUUGUGAUAUUUAUAUGAUCAUGGUUUCAUAGAACACAAUAAAAUUAAUUAUUUACUUCCAACACUGUU